CCAGAUUUCUGUUGAAGGACGAAACAAGCCCCAAGCUUUCUAUAUCUUUAGUCAAUCAGGGGCCUUUCCCAGCAAUUCAACAUUCCGGGUUUCCACUCCUGACGGCCAAGACCGCCUGACACCUCGAACGGUGCCCGCUCAAGAGUCCGUGCUGCAUCUGCCCAGCGACCCUAGAGUGGGGCAUCGAUUAAUAUCACAGUCGAGGUACCUCACACGUGAAAACGCGUCAAGACCACCAGCCCGGAAGGCACGUCACUAUCAAGCCUUCGCGUUUGAGGCGUUGGGAAAUUAUUGGAAGCCUGGUUUUGUGAGAGAUUUGAUUUCACGAAGAGCUCACUGCUCAGCACUCCAGAUACCUCUCUUCACUGCCCCGCAGUUCUUCUGAAAAAAAAACUUACCUCACAACCCAACGCAAAAUUGGAACUUGAUCAAUCAUACCGCUUCACUUACUACUUGACCCAUUCAUUCCCUUGUCAGUUAUUUAUCUCCUGUCACAUAUUGCGUUACCAACUCGCAAUCAUGUCGUCGUACAAGAAGAGAGGUCGCGUUCAGAUCGAGAGCGAUGAGGAAGACAUUCCCCAGAGAAAGGCGGCCCCCGCCAAGAAGCAGAAGCAGGAGCGUCCCAAGGCCACUCCAAGCGGCGGCAAAGGCACAGAUGGAGAGGGCAACGCUUACUGGGAGCUUGGCAACAAUCGUCGUGUCGGUGCUUCAAAGUUCAAGAAUGCCACUCUGGUUAAUCUUCGAGAGUACUACACCACACCGGAUGGCGAGUUGAGGCCUGGUAAAAAGGGUAUCUCGCUCUCUAUUGACCAAUACAAAGCCUUCCUCAAGGCCAUCCCGCAAUUGAACGAGGAAUUGCGCUUGCAGGGGGUCGAGGUGGAAGAUGUUCCUGCUGGAGUUGGCGGCAGUAGCAGUAAACCUGCCACAAAGACCGAAUCCAAGAAAGCCAAAAAGUCCAACAUUGAAGUGACGAGCGAGGAGGAGGAAGACGAUGAAGAGGAUGAAGACGAGGAGGACAAUGAGUAGAGACUCGGCAUAGUCUUUGGUCCUAUUGAUGCACGGCUCUGCAGCAGUUGUGCUAUUCUUUCAAUGUAUCUGCUUUCUGAUAUGCUUCUGGUGGGUAAACGGUCGGGUAAAUGGUAUGGGUCAACCGGCAAUAAUGAUUUGUAUUCUACUAUUUUGCUUUGCUCUGUCGAUAGGUUUAUGGGC